ACAUGUGCAGUCGGGCGCCUCCGCAGCGGCAGCAGCAGAAGCGGCGGCAGCAGCGCGGCGGGCGGGGGGUGCUCCCGCUCCGCGCUCCGGGUCCCUGUCUCGGGGCGGCGGCGGGGGAUGGAGCCGGCUCUCUCUGCCUUCGGCCGCUCAGCUGGUGCUGUCUUUGCUUUCUGCUUUCCAGAAAAUAGCAUUGUCCCUGUGUCCUGCAGCCAUCGAGAUUUUAAGACGACUGGUUUUUAGUCUUUGGUAACAUGGCAAAAGAUGCUGGACUAAUUGAAGCCAAUGGAGAGCUUAAGGUGUUUAUAGACCAAAACCUAAGUCCUGGAAAAGGGGUUGUUUCCCUAUUGGCUGUUCAUCCUUCUACAGUAAAUACGAUUGGAAAACAGCUCCUGCCAAAAACAUUCGGACAGUCUAAUGUCAACAUUGCACAACAAGUGGUUAUCGGUACACCUCAGAGACCUUCAGCGCAAAAUACUAUCCUGGUAGGAAGUCCACAUACGCCUAACACACAUUUUGCAUCACAGAACCAGACUGGAGAUUCUUCACCUUGGUCUGCUGGGUGAGCAAAAUGAAAGCUAGAAAGGAUUAAUAAAAUGUUGGAACAUUUGUUUUAAGUGUUGUGCUAGUGUACGUACUCCUCAGACUAGCAGUGUGCAAAAAGUCUUUUCCUUUUCAUCAAGAGCACUUCACCACUGAAGUCUGUUGCUCUAAAAUAGGGAGUAGGCACACAGCAAUGAGUAUCUCUUCUUUUCUUGUAAAAGAAUGCAGAAUAUUUUCUGUAAGCUCUGAUAGAUAUUCUGACAUUACUAACAUUUAGGCAAUUUAGGUCCUAAAAGGACACAGGAGUUUGUCUGAUUUGAUUCAUGAUUUCUCUUAUGCUGGUGUAUUUUCAGAAAAUACUGUGUAUUUCUAAUUGAACAAGGGUAUCCCAGAGUGUCAUUUGAAAUAAGAAUGUAGUCCUUCUAGAGAAAAAGUAUUAAAUAAAAGGAGUGCAUUCUUUCGGUGUGGUUUUUUUUGAUGCAAGCAUGUUUUUAAGGACAUCUUGUUAAAUGUAGUUGCUAAAUUUAUUAUUGGUAGCCUGUUACACAUAAAUAGAUUUCUACUUUGGAAUUGUACAGUGAAAUGAGAUGUAAGAAUUGAGACCUCCCCUUGCUGAAACUAAUUUUGUUGAUACUUGUAUUUUUCCUCUAGUUACAAGGAAAUUUUUAUAUAAAAACUUUGCAAAGCAGAAAACUUCAUUAUACUGCUUGUAUCUUGUAACUCUGAAGUUCUAAUAGCAAUUUCAUAUACUGUAUAACUUCAAAUUGUGUUAUAGUAAUAGUGUAAUGUUUAGUGAGUUCAACCAAUACCAGACUUUGUUCAGUCAGUAUCAGUAUCACAUUGCAUGGAAAAUGCUCGAUCCAUGUGCUACUUAAAAAUAAAAAAAUUUAAAAAGGACAAAAAA